UAUUGUAUUCAAUGUAGAACAAUUGGAAAAUACGAAAAAUAAUUAUUUUUCGCUCUCCAUAACUUCAAUCAACACAGAUUAUCUCAAUUCCCUGACCGCAGGAUGUUAUAGACUGGACAAAAAUUGAUCCAUGUGACAUAUAACCAAUUAUAUGAGUAAAUCACCAUUCCAACAAAACUCAGAUCCGAGGUCAAUCAGCAAAGCGACCAAUAAACAAACCCUAUGCUAGAAAAUUUUAUCACAGCUUAAAACAGCAGUGAACGAAAAUGGUUUGUGUACCUUGCUUCAUCGUGCCCGUUCUGCUCUAUCUUUGGCAUAAAUUCAUCCAGCCUAUUCUACUGAAAUACUGGAAUCCGUGGGAAAAGAAGGACGAACAUGGAAACGUUAUUAAGACCGAACCGAAAAAUCCGUUUGAUUGUAGCGGAGGAGUUUGUCGGUUUGCGGGCAAAAAAUCAACCAUCGUGGAAAACUCCGAUGCAGCUGUUGAAACUACCAACCAAACACCCGGCGAUCCCGACGAAACGAGCAAGAAAACUCUUUGAACUAUCGCAUUUGCUUCCGCUAGAUGAUUUGCAAUAGCCAAACGGAUUGAAAAAUAAAAAUAAACGCUUAAAGCAAGUAUAGAGUUCAAACAC